AUGGGCGUCUUCAGCUAUGUCAAAUUGUCCCUUUGUUGUGUUCUUUUCUUCGGUAUUGUUCUUUCGCAUGCAGACACAACGCCCCAAAACGACACUGUAUCGACCAUCUGCCCUCAAACCAGAAACCCAUCUUUAUGCAGGCAAUUGUUGAAACCUGUGAGCAACUUAAACGCCACAAAUAUGGCCAAUUACAUGAUCGACCUUGCACACACGAACGCUGUCGAAUGUCGUCGCCGCGUACAGCGGCUCAAGGCGGAAGAGACAACCAAUCUAGAGCUUAAGAAACGAUAUUCAGAAUGCUGGCAAUGCAUAGACUCUUCGGUGAGCGCCAUAGAGAGUGGAAAACAAUACAUGGAGUAUAAAAACUAUAUUGCCCUCACAAUUCAAAUCAUCGGCGCCGGAAGCCAUACCGACCAAUGUCUAGAUACCUUCAAUCAGCCGCCACCGGAACCGUCGUCACUUCCAAAGAACGUCAAGAAUCUUGGAGAUAUUUGUUACAUUACUUCUUAUGUAACACAUAUUCUCGCCGGAGAUGACUACUGA